AUGGUAAAGCCUACUCAAACACCAUUGAAUGGAGUAACGUUUGAAAUUUUAAGCUUAUCACCUUCUAUAUUUAUGACAAGUCAGUUCAUUACUUCUUUGAUUGUUCCCUUUCUAUUUUCAAAACAAAAUAUGAUAUUUAUAAAAACCAUAUCUGAAAUUGAUUCUUUAUUGGGUAUUAAUGAAGAGUUUUAUUCUAAAUGUAAACGUAAUACUAUCAUUAAAAUCUGUGCGCUUGUCAUUUCUUUUAGCUUAAGUACAACAUACGAACUUUAUGUCAACCAAAAGAUGACAGUUAUGAUCAUGGCAGUCAUAUCGUUUGGGCAGAAAUUACAAACGGUAUUCUUUUCCAUCUAUAUUAAUAUGAUAACAGAGAGAAUAAAUGUAUUAAAUAAUCAUUUACGAAAUUUCACCCCUAACAAAAACGGCAUAGUUAUAAAGAAGACUUCACAAUUGUAUUACAUUGGUUGUAAAGUUGAAAACAUGUCAAUAAAGUCAUUAUCCAUCGCUUACAGUUUGAUGUCGAAUAUGAUAGUAACGAUUAACAGAAUUUUCGAAAUCAACAUUUUCCAAACGCUGAUUUCAACAUUUUUUUACGUAAUCAUUGCUUUAUGGACAUAUAUUUAUUACUAUCGAAUGUUAAAGGAUUCGACAUCUUUCGUAAGAAACCUAUUUUGGUGUAUUGCCGAACUAUUUUAUCUUGCCCUCAUAUGCUGCGUUUGCGAGAAAGUUGUUACCAAACGAAAUGAGACAAAGGUUCUUGUAAAUGAAAUUGUUAUGAAUUACAACUUCUCUGGCGACGCUAGGGGCCAAGCUAAAACAUUACUUGAAGUAGCGAGUGCUUGGAAUUGGAAAAUAAUCGCUUAUGGAAUGUUUGAAAUGAACAUUACACUCUUACUGAAGUUUGUUAGUGUUGCCACUACUUAUUUAAUAUUUCUAUGCCAAGUAUCGCAUCUUGUUUAG